GUAUAAAGAAGCGGUUAUCUCCAGUAUAAAAGCACACGUGAAGUGGUAACUUUUUCGUGUGGAUCUGAGCGUCUGAGAAGACUUGACACCCUCUUUGUCAUCUUUUACUUCUUCUGUGCUCGACAUGGUGGAUGUGAAGCAGCCCAUUCCUGGUGGUGUGCCUGGCGGUGAUGGCAAGGAUAAGUUUAUGAAGAGUCAUCAGGUUGCCUUUUACAGACGGCAGACAAAUGGCCCCAAAAUGCAGUUUGAAGCUCUUUUCCAUACUCUUGCCCUCAACGAAAAGGGCAUCCGCUUUGAACUGCUGGAACCAUUCAUGAAGAUAAAGCUGCUUGUGUGUGUUUCGCCCUGCAAAAACGACACGGUCAGGAUUGUCAUUGACGAACUGAAUCCCAUCAAAGCGCGUUACAGGGUUCAGGAUGUGCUCACCCGGGAGCCGCAAAGUGAAAUGGUGAGACUGGAGGAACAGCAGGACGACUUGGUGACAAUCUCCUGGGCCUCGGGGCUCUACAGGUGCCGCGUGUGGCGUCAACCUUUCCGUGUAGAGCUUCUGUGCGAGGACCAACCGCUGGUGACGUUCAACGCGCAAAGCAAGCUGUGGUUCGAGACUCUGCGGGAACGUCCUCAGGAGGUCAAUGAAGGGAACACUGAGCCGGAGGGAGACUGUCUUUGGAGAGAGACAUUCAGGAUCUUUGAGGACGUCAAAGCCAACGGACCCAGUAGCAUUGGGGCUGAUUUGUGUCUCCAUGGAUUCCAAGAUGCGUUUGGUAUACCUGAACAUGCUGAUAAUCUCCGCUUGGCAGACACCAGACAUAACGAACCGUACCGACUGUACAACCUGGAUGUGUUCGCCUAUGAGAUCAACAGCCAUCUGGGCGUGUACGGCAGCGUCCCACUCGUGGUGGCUCACAAGCAAGACCGAACUCUGGGAGUCUUUUGGCACAAUGCCUCGGACUCGUUUGUACAUGUCAACUAUGACCAGCAAAACGGUCUGCCGCCCCACACCGACAUCCACUGGCUGUCUGAGAGCGGCGUGAUAGACUGCAUGGUUCUGCUGGGCCCGAGUCCAGCACAGAUGUAUCGCCAGUAUGCUGAGCUGACAGGGUACCAGGCCCUCCCGCCGCUGUUCGCGCUGGGUUACCACCAUUCGCGCUGGGAUAAUGACACCCAAGACGACGUGGCAGAUGUGGACACCAAGUUUGACGAGCACCACAUCCCGUAUGAUGUCAUGUGGCUGGACAUCGAACACACGAAUGAGAAGCGCUUCUUCACUUGGAACCCCAAGCUGUUUCCUGACCCGGCCAACCUGCAGCACCAGCUGGAAAAGAAGAACAGGAAGUUGGUGGUUAUCAUUGAUCCACCUAUCAUGAUCGAUCCUGAAUGGUCGCUGUACAAGGAGGGACUGGAGGGAAAGCAUUUUGUCUUGGACAGAGACGGGCAGGUUUUCAAGGGCACUUCCUGGGCAGGCGACUCUCACUUUCCGGACUUCAGCAACCCACACACGCGGGCCUGGUACGCCCAGUGCUUAUCCUUGGAUCGAUACAAGGGCUCGACGCCAGUGUUGCAUGGGUGGGUUGACAUGAACGAGCCCACCGUGUUCUCUGGGCCCGAGUUGUCGUUGCCUAAGGAUUCGUUGCAAUAUGACGGCUGGGAACAUCGUGAUUUGCAUAAUCUGUACGGUUUUCAUCAGCAUAUGGCUACCGCGGACGGCCUUUUGACCCGCUCAGGUGGCAUGGAAAGACCUUUCGUCCUGUCUCGGGCCUUCUUCGCCGGGUCUCAGAGAUUAGGAGCGGUGUGGUCUGGAGACAACCUCGCAAUUUGGUCGUUUCUGAAGAUCUCCAUCCCCAUGUCUCUGUCCAUGUGCGUAGCGGGCCUUUCGUUUACCGGAGCCGACAUUGGCGGGUUCAUCCCGGAGCCGACCACUGAUUUGCUGAUCCGCUGGUACCAAGCGGCCUGCAUGCAGCCCUUUUUCCGAGGCCACUCGUCGAUGAACUCGGCGCGCCGGGAACCCUGGGUGUUCGAGAAGCAUGUGACCGACGCCAUCCGAGCUGUCAUCGAAGAGCGGUACCGCUUGCUGCCUUUCUGGUACACUCUCUUCUAUCGGGCUCACACUGACGGCCUGCCUGUGCUCAGGCCUCUGUGGAUAGAGUUCCCUGAGGAGAAGAGACUCUUCAACGUGGAUCACCAAUUCAUGAUCGGAGAAGCGCUGCUGGCGUAUCCCGUCACUGACCCCAACGUUUCACAACUGGAAGUUAUCUUUCCUGGAGCGGAGCAGCUUUGGUAUUACGUCAAAUCUGGGGCAGUUUACCAUGGAGGCGGGACACAGAGUUUUCCGGUUACCUUGGAAACGAUUCCGGUGUUCCAGCGAGGCGGUACGAUGGUGAUCCGCGCCAUAGAGCUGGGGACUUGUACCACUGACCUUCUGAAGAGUCCCCUCGCCAUCUUGGUGGCUCUGGACGCUCAGGGUGCCGCUAACGGUGAGGUGUACCUGGACGAUGGCCACACCUUCUCCUACCGUGACAAGGGGGAGUUCUGCCUCCGCUCCUUCCACAUGAUAGCAGGACGCCUUCAGUGCCGCGCCGCCGACAAAGUGGGGAGCUACAAGUGUGGCACAACGGUGCGCUCGGUGGAGGUCUUGGGGUUGCAAGGAGAGCCGUCGGCGGUGAAGGUCUACGCGGCGGGUUCGGCCGAGGAGUACGUCUCGGUGGAAUACGAUUACGACCCGGAGCGGCGCUCCCUGAACGUCAGGAACUUGGAGCUAAGCGUGGACAAGGACUGGGACAUCCAGAUAGGUUGACUUCCUGUCACAACAUUCACUGUAUACAGAUUGAGUUAAGUUCUACACUGCUCAAACAAUAAAUCGGGCAUUAAAAAUGAA